AUGGCUGUAACUGAAGACAAUGCUGAAGUGAGAGAAGAUUCCGAACAGGCGAGGGGAAACCUGAGCCUCGGGUCUACAGGCCGCGAAACGGCAAGGGAUCUCCCGAGCCUCGCGCCUACGGUUACUGCCGCUCUCUGUGAGCUUGGUCUGAAAGACCAGGUCCUCCAGAGAGUUGAGAAGUACUUGAACGUGGCUCGUACGUUCCGAGAUAGAGUGCCUAUAAGGAGACCUGGGUCGGAAAUUCCCAAGGUUCUUCUUGAGAUCGGCAACGAAAUUCUAAUCGCGCGUGCGAUAGCAGCCACCACCGAAAACCUGGGGCGUGAAAAAGAUCUUAUCGAAAGUCUAAAGUUGACUCUAUCAGAAGAGAUAGAACGGCGAAGGGUUCUCGUCAGUUUGAUCUCAAUAAUCUCGAGCGAAUUAGAUAGAAGAAAAGUGCGUAAGCGGGGAGAGCGAAGACGGGUUUCCCAGCUAGUUAGGUACUUGAGGCAACUCAAGGACCAGCUAAACACUACACAGCAGAAGAUCAAACGUGUUGAAGAAUCCAAGCGUCUGAUGCAUGUUAGACGUAAGGGUGCUUCAUACGUUGCCCACCGUCAGGUCCCCAGUGAGAAGGACACAGUGGUAGUACCAGUUACGACCCUUAAGAAGUGGGCCGAAGAUCUGGGAACUGGAUCGACUCCGGAAACGGCUCAGAAGCUUUCAGAAAGUGCGUGGCAAGAAUUGUUCCGUAAGGUGAAGCCAUGGAAAGCGACUGGUCCGGAUGGCAUUCAAGGGUUCUGGUGGAAGCAUCUUUCGACCGCAAGAAAGUGCUUUGCACCAGUGGUAUCGAGGGAAGGACCCAGCGAGCGACAAGUGCCACUAUUAAGAGACGGCCAAACUUUUUUCCAUGCGACUGGAGCAGCUCGUGCUGUAGCUAAGCUAAUCCGUGCCCGAUCGUCGAAAGCCCACACGAUGGCAUGGAAAGGCAAAGCUGUGGUCGGCUGCAUCAUCCAUGGGAAACGGCUAGGUGACGAACUCUAUGGGCAAUAA